UCUCCUUUCCUUGUUUUGGAGCUGGUUGAGGAGAGCACAACUCAGCAGUAAACUCCACCAGGCAUAUUCUUACUGAUUGAAAUGGUUUUUGCCUAAAUUAACAAUUCAGCUCUUUGAUCAUCGUAGGCUACUGGAGAGAACAGCACAAGAAAUAGGAAGAUGCAGUUCCUGAUACUGUUUCUCAUCUGUCUGUGGGCUACUGGCACCACACAGCACCGCUCAGUAGAAGAUAUAUGUACUGCCAAGCCAAAGGACAUCCCUGUGAAUCCAAUCUGCAUCUAUCGUAACCCUGAGAAGAAGUUGCAAGAGGAGGCAGAUCAGGGGAGAAUCCCAACCUUUACCAACCCUCGUGUCUGGGAGUUGUCCAAGGCCAAUUCCCGUUUUGCUGUCCUCUUAUACAGGAACGUCACCAAUGUCAGGGAGGGAAAUGAGAACUUCUUUAUGUCACCAAUCAGUAUUUCCACUGCCUUUGCCAUGACCAAGUUGGGUGCCUGUGGCAAUACUCUUCAGCAGCUAAUGACGGUUUUUCAGUUUGACACCAUUUCAGAAAAAACAUCUGAUCAAAUCCACUUCUUCUUUGCCAAACUGAACUGUCGACUCUACAGGAAAGUCAACAAAUCCUCUACGUUGAUAUCAGCCAAUCGCCUUUUUGGGGAAAAGUCUCUCAGAUUCAAUGAAACCUACCAGAACAUUAGCGAGGUGGUUUAUGGAGCUAAACUCUGGCCUUUGAACUUCAAGGAGAAGCCAGAGUUAUCUAGAGCAAUCAUCAAUGACUGGGUGGCAAAUAAAACUGAGAAGCGUAUAACAAAUGUGAUCCCAGAAGGAGUCAUCAAUACAUUCACUGUUAUGAUACUAGUCAACACAAUUUACUUCAAGGGUCACUGGAAAUCCAAGUUCCCUCUUGAAAACACGAAUAUGGAGACAUUUUUCAGAGCCACUUCUGAGCCUUGCCAAGUGCCCACAAUGUAUCAGGAAAUGACAUUCCGCUAUGCUUCCAUUGCAAACUCCAAAGUCCAGGUGUUGGAGAUGCCCUACCAAGGAGACGAUAUUACUAUGGUCUUUAUCCUACCCUACAUGAACACACCUCUGGCACAAGUGAAACAGGAGCUGACCUCAGAGAAAUUGGAAGCCUGGCUCAGCGCCUUGAAAGAGGUCUCCCUCUCAGUGCAUUUGCCCCGUUUCAAGAUAGAAAGCAGCUUCAGCCUGAAGGAGAAACUGCAAGAAAUGGGAUUAAGGGAUCUCUUCGACCCUGAACGGGCCAGUCUGCCAGGCAUAGUUGCAGAUCCUGAAAUGGGCCUCUAUGUUUCUGAAGCGUUUCACAAAGCUUUCCUUGAGGUAAAUGAAGAGGGCAGUGAAGCAGCUGCUUCCACCACAGUUGUAAUUUCUGGUCGUUCAUUUCCUUUGAACAAAGUUGUCUUCCAUGCCAACAGACCUUUUAUGGUACUCCUAAGGGAAGUGGCUAUAAAUGCCAUUAUUUUCAUGGGAGAAGUGGGUGAUCCCUGUCCCUAAAACCUUUGAUUUGCAAUGCUCUUAUCUCCUUAAACCAACAGCCAUCUUGGUGUUUCUGUUGCAUUAUAACAAGCUCAGUACAUGCAGACAAAUAAAUGUAAACCUUUCAAGAAGA